AUGAGUUUAUUAACUUUAGUAACAACAGUAGUUGUCAUAUCCCAGCCAUUAAAUCUCAAUCUAGAGAAUAGGGUAUGCAUAGUGAUGAGUUUGUGUAUACUUUCUGGGCUUUCAAUAGGAAUAACCGCAAGAUAUGCUGAUUGCGACUAUGGUGAAUAUGUAAUAGAAGAUAAUAUUCCAAAUGAUGAAACUUCAAAAGAUGAAGUUCAGCAAGGUGACACCCCAAAUGAGGAACCAUUACUUACUACUCAAUGCAACAAAAAGGGGGUUCAAUUCAAAGAUGCUGUAGAAGUUAUAACUAUUACACCUAAUCUAUCUACCAGUACAUCAACUGGCGUUUGUGAUGAAAAUGAUAUUGGUGAUCUGAGAAUAGAAGAUGAAGUGAUAGAAUUAGAUAUAAAUAAUGAGGAACCAAAGGUAAACACUGUAAUACAACAGCCCAAACUAGUUAAGUGCAUGCUUUUACACUACUAUGAAGCCCUAAAAUAGAUCAGAGUGCAAACCUAUUUUUGAUGGCAAUUUUAUCGUUGAGGCUUGCUAUGCUCCUCAAUUGCGGUGCUUGCCUGUGCUACUUUUCUCAUCAUGAAUAGGUUUUGCAAGAGAGAUCUAGUAUAAAAAGAUAUAGAAUUAUAUUUGUAGCUAAAGUAUAAUUUUCAUUUAAGGGAAAAGUGUGAGACUGAAUACAAAAAACAUUACACAUUUGGCAUGUGUUGCGAUAAAUGUACCAGUUACAAUAUUAACAACAAUAACAUUGUAUUAUCCAUAUUUACUUGGCGUAUCAAAGUCAACUUCACCACAAAUAGCAUUUGCCGUAAGAGUAGCUUCAUGUGUAGGUAGUAUGAUCUCUUCAAUGAUGGCUUCAAUAGAAAUGGGUCAACCUAAUUUUGGUAGUAGAACAUGCUAAAUGUUGCAAAUAAUCUUGAAUAAUAUAGAAGAAGUAGAAUUUUCUACCUCUUGCCUUUUUUGUAGAGUAGUUAAAAGUAUAUUGAGAUAUUAAUAUAUUUUCUUUUUAUUUAUAAAAAUAGUGUUAAAAUAUAUUGAAUUAUAGUUAUAGUUGAGAUAUACUUAAUCAAUAUUAAUUUUCAUUUAAGGAGAAAUUAUGAUAGGUAUGACAGAAGUCAUUAAGAAUAAAAACAACAUUAUCCCUAUAGUGGGUGUUACAAUAGGUGUAUUAACUUUAGCAGCAGUAGGAACUGCAGUAUUUUUUCCACCAUUAUUUGGUGUAUUAGUAGGUAUGGGACUUACACCAGCGCUUUUGGGUGUUAUUGCUGCGUUUGCUCUUGCAUUUGUUUUCACUUCAGUACAGCAAAUAAUUACUAAUACAGCAGUAGAGAAUGCUAGAGGUAAAGAUGGUGUAGAUGGUUUGAGUGCAUCUAAUAUUGUUGCUAAGUAUAUGCUUAAUAAUCAUGAUAAAUUGAGAAUUAAAAAUGGUACAGUGGUUAAAGGUGAAAAUGAAUUACAAUUAAACCUCUCAAUUGCUGACUAUAAAAUGUUCACAGAAGGUAUGACAGAGGGUGACGUAGUACUUUUACAUAUAUCAUUGUGCAAUCCAACUACGAAGGCUAUAAAAGAAGUUGAAGUUGCAUUCACUCAUGUAGCUCUACCUGAUGAUCAAGAUAAACCUUUUUCAGUGGCAUUAACUUUGGUUAAUGGUAAAAGUACAGUUGAAGAUAUGAACGCAGAGUUGGAUUUUAAUGCUGGAUACUUAAACAAGGUUGCACUUUGUGAUCGAUCUAUUAAAUCAUUAAUCAAUGAGGAAAUGGUUUCUUCUGCUAUGCAAGAUCCUAUAAUAAAGGCAGUUGUGUUUAAUUUGACAAGAUAA